AUGAGCUCAAAGAAAAACUAUCAAGAUAUUUCACAACUAAAAUUUGAAGAAACAUCAAAUUUUUUAAAUUCAUUAUACUAUGGUAGUGGCAUAGGUAACGGACACUGGCUUCCAUCUUGCAUUCUAACUGGUGCCGUUCAUGUUAGAAUGACAGAAGACGCUCCGGCAGGUGUUGCCCUAUAA